UAUUAAAAAAAUCAUAAGUAAACAUGGACAUUUUUAAGAUGACAUUUAAACGUGGGCCAUUAAUGAUACAUCCCUGAGUUGCAAGUGUUGCAAAUCCGUAGGAACGGAACGAUCAACACAGAGGGAACCAAACCGAAGUAUAGACUCUACAGGAGUAUUUAGUUAUAUAUAUACAUACAUAUAAAUACAUAUGUAUGUAUGUAUGUAGAAGUACUACAUGUAUGCAUCUGUUUCUGUCUGUCUCUCUCUCUCUCUCUCUUUCUCUUUCUCUUUCUCCUUCUGCCUAUCACCUUUCCAAACGAUUGAUCUAUCCUAGUCUCUGUGGCGCUCGUCGACGAAGCAUCAUAAACAAAGUGCAUGUUGCCCUGUGCCUAACAUACAUGUAAUAAUAAAUGUGACUGUAUGUGCAAGUGCAAAUGUAGCGUGUGUGUGUGUGUAUAUAUAUAUAUGUGUGUGUUGCAGCAAGGAGACGCGUCGAGCGUCGUUGUCAUUUUGCGUGGUUCCUCGAAGAGUGUGUAUAAUAAAGGAUAAGAACACAAUUGCACGGAUUGUCAUUUGACGUUCAUCGAACAGUGAAUAAAAGAACGUAAUUAUUAAUAAUAAUAAUAAUAAGAAGAAGAAGAAGAAGAAGAAAAAGAGAGAGAGAAAAGUAGUAAGAAAAAUGGGAAGGAAAACGACGAAAACGAAAAUGAAGUAUUUCGAGGGAAACAGAGAGAGGGAAAGAGAGUGAGUCGAGUGGAACCAAAAAAGAAAAGGAUAGAAAAGUAAAAGGAAGAAAAGAAAAGGAAAGAAAGAAAAGGAAGAGACGCGUGUGUUGUGAUUUCUGUGCGCGCGUAAGAGAGAGAGAGAGAGAGAGAGAGAAAAGUGGAUGAGAUCUAGAGAGAAAGAGGGGAAGAACAAGAUGGCGGGCGAGAAACAUAUGACAAAGAACGGCGGACUACCGCCGUGGCCGAGGGCGAUGUUCGCUCGGUUGUUCCUCGUCUCUGGGUAUUGCUGAUCCUGGAUAUAUACAGGUUUUUUCUGGGCUAGAUAAAGGGGUGUUUUUUUGGCACCGGUAGUGGUGUUCCUUUCGAACGGGAGUUUUCUAUAGAAAACGAGAAAGAAAGGAAGAGCGAGCAAGAGGGGAAAUAGUGUGUGUACGUGUGUAAGAGAGAGAAAGAGAGAGAGAGAGAGAGGGUUAGAUAUAAGGGGUGGAAGAAAAGGUAGAUAGAUAUAUAGAGUGAGGGAAGCAAGGGGGGAAUCGUGACUGCCAAGAGAGUCGGUGAUCCUGUGACCGAAGGAGCCAUGACUACGCGUGGAGAAUGGGCUCGAUCGCAUCGGUGUUGCAAUGGCAUUGCUCGGAGUGCGCUCUGAUAAAUCCAACGGAGAGCGCCCGAUGCGCCAGGUGCGGCCUGGCACGAAUCAGGAGCGAUGACGAAAGGGCUAACAGACGACUCAGCACCGGAGGAGAGGAGUUGAAUUCCGAGCGCGGGGAACCUCCUCCGCGCCGGAUGAGACAGUUACGUCGUAAGGAGGGGAAGAAAGACCUCGAGGAAGAAGAAGAAGGAGAAGGGGAAGAAGAGGAAGAAGAACGGGCCCAGGAGGAACCGGUGCCACUGGAGGACCAGGAGGAAAAAGGGGGAAUUCAACCCGCCGAAGAGGAAGCUAUUGCUAUUGCUAAUGCUGCUUCUUCUUCUUCUUCAUCAUCGUCCUCCUCCUCGCCGUCGUCCUCAUCCUCUUCCUCGUCGUCGUCGUCGUCAUCGUCGUCGUCGCCGUCGUCCUCGGAAUCCUUACCACCUACUCCACCACCGAGACUCAACUUUCACAGACUCUGUACCACUAACACUGCUACCACCACUACCAUCACCACCACCACCACAACCACCACCAUCACCACCAUUGCUGAGAAUCAUCCAACAACAACUGAUCACGAGGAUACCACCAUCGUCCGCGAGCCCAACGAUUCCCUUGCAGUAGGCUUUUUUCAACGCAUUCGUAAGAAUUCGUCUGUAUCCAAUGCUCUUAAGAAGAGAUCACAUUAUGGUUCAUGGAGUGGGAAUAUAUCCGACAAAGAGCCACUUAAACGAUCCACUUCUGUACCUUCCUUAGUGACACGGUGGACCUGCAUUCGUUGUUUGUUGGAUAAUAGUUGUAGCUCCACAUUGGUUUGUGCGGCCUGUGAUGCUAGUUUUUCUAUAGCCCAGCUCGACGAAAGACACAUUGGAAGGGCAAGGAAGGGCAAAAAACUGAAUCAGUGUAAAAUCAAACAAGAACCUAAAGUAGAAUUGUUGAAAAAUGCAGUAUUUGGAAAUUUGAGUAAAAAUUUGAACGCUGGCUAUAGUAUAACGUAUGCUCCUGCUAAUGCAAAGAGAGUUUAUAACAAAGGUAUGGCACAAUUGACAAGUAUCAGUCGCAGUGAAAGAGGAAGAAACGUACGCGAGGAGUGGACAUUACCUACACUCGAAACGAUGGAUCCAACGUCGCUUCCCUAUUCAGAUAAUGCAGAAACUUCUCAACGUUCUCCAAAACGUCACAGUCCUUCUAUGUACGAAAGAGUUAAAUCCAAAGUGAGUCGUUCUUUGUCUAAUGGCUCAGUUGUGCAAAAGCUCUCCGAUCUUGUUAUUCAAAGACCCACCAGCUUAGUAGUGUCAGAAGCACAAGAUGAUGCCUUGUGGAGUUGCGAUAAUUGUACUCUCGAUAAUGCAUCUGGAUUGGAGCAAUGCGAGGCGUGUGAAGCACCUAGAAGCCCAGCACCGUGCAGUGGUGUUGUUAUAAGUGUUCCUGCUUGGGAGACGCGUGCACUCUCUUCGGCAGGUCCACUAUCUUAUAGACGAUCUUUCUCUGAUGUUAAUUCUAUUACAAAUGUUACUCAGAGGAAGACCAUUAAUCGUAGGAGUCUUAAUGACGAAGAACCACCAGCGGUACCUCCACAUUCCAUUGGUUUCACUUCAAAACCAAAGUAUUCUUAUAUAGGUAUCAGCGAGCCUGACGUUCCACCACCAUUGCCAAAGAAGCAAAGCAGCAAAUUAGGUUUACUAGCCACCAAGGCACAUAGCGAAGCUACCAGUCCUGUUAGUGAUGUAGCCAGUGUGAGUCCUUUAAAACGUAUGUGGACGUGUCAAAAGUGUUCUUAUGCCUACAAUCCCCUGUGGUCUGUGGCUUGCGAUAUUUGUGGUUCCCCUAGAUCACCACCUUCUCUCACGCAACCUAGUUUAAUAACCGUGACGAAGGAUGGAGCUAGUUGUCCUAUGCGAGUGCAGUCUCCCAUAAUAGUGUCACGAGACAGUGUCAGAUAUAUCCCACCACCAAAGUCGGCUACCUUAGCUACUGCAGAGUCUGAUUUGGACGAUCAAUUGGAUCCUCCUUCUCCGGCCUGGACUUGUAAGAAGUGUACAUUACUUAAUGCCGCUUCGCGUACCACAUGCGAAGCAUGCGGCGGCUCCAAACUUAAAAGCAUCAUGCACUUAGAAGACGCUACGUUAAGGAAAGGGGAGAGUUGGGUAUGCCCCUCUUGUACAUUAAGAAAUCCGCUGUCAGCACAAACUUGUAAUGCUUGUAAGACGUUAGCAGACUUUUUAGAAGUGCCCAAGGACAAUAGAAUUCAAGGACAAAGAAGUCCAAGUCCAAGACUUUGUCAACUUGCUAAUUCAAAAGUUGUUACUCCAAGGUAUAGAAAUUCCGUACGAAGAAACGGUUCCUCGAUAGCUGACAAGAGACAUUCAAGAUCCAAAGAUCCAAGUCAUACUCAAUGGCAAUGUAAGUUGUGUACUUAUGAAAAUAAGAGUACAAAUAGAACUUGCGAAAUGUGCCAAAAUUCGAAGACCUUAUCCGAAGCAUCAGGUGAUAGACUUAGAAUUAUCGAGCCUGGCACUAGUACUCUUACAAUGCAACGUCAGGAAAGUGUGGUGAUGGAAAAUUUAAGACAAUUGGAGGAAAGAGAAGCAUUAGAAAAAUGGGAACGUAUAGUACGUUAUUGUAAAGAGACGAACGAGCCUUUCGUUGACGAUUCAUUUCCACCAGCUCCAAAAUCUUUGUACUAUAAUCCCGCGGAUACGAAAGAUAAUCACGUAGUUCAAUGGAGAAGACCUCAUCAAAUAAAUGUUGAUUCGAGCGUAGAUUCUAAACUGCCAUGGGCUGUUUUUAGAACACCCUUGCCAUCGGAUAUUUCGCAAGGAGUAUUAGGAAAUUGUUGGUUGCUUUCGGCAUUAGCCGUAUUGGCGGAAAGCGACGAACUUGUUAGAAGAGUUCUCGUCAUGAGAGAAACGUGUCCUGAAGGAGCUUAUCAAGUUAGAUUAUGUAAGGAUGGAAAAUGGACAACAGUAUUGGUCGAUGAUCUCUUGCCGUGUGAUAAAAGAGGCCACUUAGUUUAUUCCCAAGCAAAAAGAAAACAAUUGUGGGUACCGUUGAUAGAAAAGGCUGUUGCUAAAAUUCAUGGCUGUUAUGAAGCAUUGGUAUCUGGUAGAGCUAUAGAAGGUUUAGCUACGUUAACCGGUGCACCAUGCGAAAGUGUACCCUUGCAACCUUCGGCGUUACCAAGCGAAGAUGAACUUGAUAAGGAUUUAAUUUGGGCACAACUUUUGUCCUCGAGACAAGCUAUGUUUUUGAUGGGUGCUAGUUGUGGAGGUGGAAAUAUGAAGGUCGACGAAGAAGAGUAUCAACGAAGAGGUUUAAGACCUAGGCAUGCGUAUUCUGUUCUUGAUGUACGUGACGUUCAGGGAAUACGUUUGUUGAGACUACGAAAUCCUUGGGGUCAUUACAGUUGGAAAGGAGAUUGGUCUGACGAUAGUCCAAUAUGGACACCGCAAUUACGAGAAAUGUUAAUGCCUCAUGGUGCUUCUGACGGUGUAUUUUGGAUUUCCUUUGACGAUGUAUUAAAAUAUUUCGAUUGUAUUGAUAUAUGCAAGACGAGAGUUGGUUGGAGUGAAGUUAGAUUACGUGGUACCCUCCCACCGUUGUCAUCUCUGAGGCAUUUAUCAUGUGUAUUGUUAACGGUAUUAGAACCAACCGAGACUGAGUUCACAUUAUUUCAAGAAGGUCAAAGGAAUUCCGAAAAAUCUCAACGUUCUCAGUUAGAUCUAUGUGUGGUUGUAUUUCGUACACGAUCACCAGCAGCACCAGAGGUGGGGAGAUUGGUUGAGCAUAGCAAACGGCAGGUACGAGGAUUCGUUGGGUGUCACAAAAUGUUAGAAAGAGAUUUGUACAUAGUCGUAUGUUUGGCAUUUAAUCAUUGGCAUACCGGUAUGGAGGACACGUCAAGUUAUCCGGAAUAUGUUCUUGCAAUACAUAGCUCUAAAAGACUUUUAGUUGAACAAAUUUCUCCUCCUGCGUUCGUUUUAGCCGAUGCUAUUAUAAGUUUAACGUUAGCAAAAGGACAGCGACACGAGGGAAGAGAAGGUAUGACAGCAUAUUAUUUAACUAAAGGAUGGGCUGGUUUGGUGGUAAUGGUAGAAAAUCGUCAUGUUAAUAAAUGGAUACAUGUAAAAUGUGACUGCCAUGAAAGCUACAACGUUGUGUCCACAAGAGGACAGCUCAGAACUGCCGAUAGUGUUCCCCCACUUCACAGACAAGUUAUCAUAGUCUUAACACAAUUGGAAGGUAGCGGAGGUUUUUCAAUAGCACAUCGACUCACUCACCGAUUAGCUAACAGUGGAAAUUUGCACGAUUGGGGACCACCCGAUACCCAACAUCAUCCUCAAAUAGAUACUCAGGUCGAAGGUUUACACAGUCCUCGUUUAAUCACGUGAAAUUGAAAAUAGUGUGUUUUACGACGACUGACUUUCGUUUAAUACGCAGAGCAGCAGGGCCGCCGACCGACGCGUUUCAAGAAAAAAGAUUUUAAAAAAUAACAGGAAAAAAAAGUGUUCACUUUUGUUCCCACAACAACAACAACAACAACAACAACAAAAAUAUCUUUUAAUAUUAUUACAAUAAGGAAAAUGAAAAGAACAAAGAAGCAACGUAAGUUGAAAGAUUUCGAUUAAAGAGAAAAUGAAAAAGAUUUCAAAUGUUGAAAUCAAAAUUUCUCAAAAAGAACAACAUCAAUGAAAAAUGAAUGGAAGAUAGAAAAAGUAAUAUUAAAAACAAUUAAACGUAGGAAAAAUUCUUCAAGGCAUAGUUAAAAACAUCUCAAUCCCGGAAUAAUUAAUAAAAUAAAAUAAAAUAAAAUAAAAUAAAUAAAUAAAUUUUGUGCUUUCUAAACUUGACGGUCUCAAAUUCUCACGAAGAAGAAAAGAAAAUUUGUCCUUAAGGGGACGCAGAUAAAUUAUGCUCGGCAACGUAAACGACAGAAUACAAUAAUUAGAAGAAGAAAGAAUUAAAUUAAAUAAAUAAAUAAA